CAGCGUAAAUUCCAAUAGGAAAGUGGUUCCAUAGGAAAUCGCAGAAGAGUUUUGCUGUUUACAUUCGCCGUGCCGUGCCGUGUCAGUUUUUCCUUCCUACCGCAUUGUUUGUGCAUUCUCGAAUCCUAAUUAAUUCUUGAAUUCUAACUAAACACAAAAUGGGUGGUGAAAUCGGUGAUUGGCGUCCUUUCGUUUACGGUGGUGUUGCCUCGAUAACCGCGGAGUUUGGAACUUUUCCCAUUGAUACCACCAAGACACGGCUACAAGUUCAAGGACAGAAAAUUGACCAAUCGUUUGCGGAGGUCAAAUAUCGCGGUAUGACGGAUGCUUUUGUUAAGAUUUCCAAGCAGGAAGGCAUAAAGGCACUGUACUCGGGGAUUUGGCCUGCCGUGCUGCGGCAGUCGACGUACGGCACGAUCAAGUUCGGAACGUACUACACACUGAAGAAGGUAGCCACCGAACGGGGCUGGCUGGUGGACAAGGCCGGCAACGAAAAUGUCUGGUGCAAUGCGGCUUGCGCGACGACGGCCGGUGCCGUUUCCAGUGCCAUCGCCAACCCGACGGAUGUGCUGAAGGUGCGCAUGCAGGUGCACGGGAAGGGCACGAACAACGUCGGGCUGGCACGGUGCUUCAAGGAGAUUUACACGCACGAAGGCGUGCGAGGGUUGUGGCGGGGGGUUGGCCCUACGGCACAACGAGCAGCUGUGAUAGCGGCAGUGGAACUGCCAGUUUACGAUUUUUGUAAACUACACUUGAUGGAGACCUUCGGCGAUCAGGUGUCUAAUCAUUUUAUAUCUAGUUUUGUGGCGAGCUUAGGAAGUGCUGUUGCUUCUACACCGAUUGAUGUGAUUAGGACUCGCCUCAUGAAUCAGAGGCGCGUUCAGCUGCAGGUGCAUAACCUCGGGCCUGGAGGUGGCGGUGGCGUUGCCGGCGGUGGAGGUACAAAUGUUGCCGGAACUGCCACGGCAAUUGCGUCCCCCAGCCGUAGGAUUUAUACCGGCAGUGUAGACUGUGCUAUACAAACGGUGCGGAACGAAGGUUUCCGGGCACUGUACAAGGGUUUUGUUCCAACCUGGGUGCGCAUGGGACCGUGGAACAUAAUCUUCUUUAUCACCUACGAGCAGCUGAAGCAGCUCUACUAGAACGUGGAACGUGGAACGUGAAACACGAAACCGGAACCGGGAUUAUUGUUAAGUAGGAAAAUUGAAUCUCCAUGAAAAGUGGAGCAUUUGGGGUCGACAUCCCAUUACUAGGGGGCAAAAACAACUACUAGGGACAAGGGACAAGUUUGUCAUCCAUCAGCAUUAUCAUUAUUUAAAUGCAUUUGCGCCGUUCGCCUUCAUUCUGUACCAAAGUUAUUUUUACUCGAUGCAUUUCUGGAUUUUUUUAAUGCGUUUGAUUCCCGUGGCAUCGUUAAGUUACGUUUAGUUCGCCUUAUUGGUCUGACAGUACAAGAAAACUGUAUUUAAAUUUACUAUCGGUUCGUUUGUGUUUACUCACAGCUUACAAUUCGCGUAAUUUUUAGUGGUAAAACAAGUGUAAAAACUUGUCAAGCAAAGCAACGCCAAAUUUUAAAACCAGACUCGGUCUUUGGAAGAGAUCCAAAAUUGUUUGCCUUAGUGGAGACGGAAAAAGUUGCCAUAAGAAAAGUGGAUUUAGUCGCAAAUCGUCACUUAAAUGUUAACUGUGAAUAAAAGAUAGCGAUUCAAACUUUAAACCGUAAAGAGUAAGUUCUUUAUUAAAGAUAAUCGAAUUCCUCCCACAAUGACGCUAAGACAAAGGACAUACUUCGUCUCUAAAUACUACGUGAUUUUAAGGGCACGAUUUCUUUAGCUAAGUGCAAUGAAGUGUAGAAAAAUUGCCCAGUAAAAGAGGAACCUAGAGGAAAUCGUGUAUUGUCGUCUGAAGUCUGAACAUUCAAUGCAAUAAGAUGCUAUUUAAAAUUUAUUUUUAAUUAGGAAAUAUGAAUCGAAUGUGACAAAAACAGACACCAAAUUAGGCAGCAAAUAAAGAAA